UUCUAACAUAAAGCUAUUUGUACCUCAGGAUCUUCGUCAUUUUCGAUUACCUACUACACGACGAAUAAUACGGCUUCUCGGCGUUGUUAACUUAAAUAACAAACACUCGCGAACGAUAAUUUUUCGCAAGUUAGUAUCAUAACAAACGAAAUGAGAUUAAGAGAAGAGAAGUACGAUAAGUUCGAGGAUCGCCUAGCUACGAAUCGAAAACGACGAAAAAGACGAGCGAGAAAUAACGAAAACAGGACCUGUCAUUUUCAAUCAUUCCUUUGGGAGAUCAAUACAUCUCGCGAAGAAAAAGGGGUCUCGCGGUUCGUCGUAUUCGUUCGACGUUCGAGAUGCUAAUACUCUGGUCGUUAAAGAUUUCGAAACCUUCGACGAUCGAAACAUCGCUAGGAACAAGCUUUUUUUUUUCUUUUCUUUAAAAUCGUGAACGCUUAGCAUGUGUGCGCGCGCGUACAUGCCGUGCGUGCAUGUGUCCGGUAUGGAUGUGUGCGUGCGUGAAGGCCAUGUUAACAGACUGUAAGUCAACGGAUGACUUCGGAAACGAUUUGAUUCAUCGAUAAUGGAUAACUCGAACAAGGAACGAUACAUACAUAAUGACGAAGAGAAAAAAAAUGAUCACGUAAACAUUAUUAACAACAAAAUGGCCAAUGAAUCAGAUUUAGAUAUAUUGUACACAAGUCGCUUAGAUUCCACGCAUCAACAAGAAGACAUAGGGAAAAAGAUUCUGUUGUUGAAACAUAUGUUGGAAAAGGAUCUGAAAGCAGCUGAUUUAAAGUGGUCUUUGUUUGUGGCAGCAUGUAACACGUAUCGUUAUGAUUCUUGCUUAAAACCCUUUCCACCAAUGUAUAUAAAAAAUGAGUUCAAGGACAUCGAUUCUUUGAGGCGAGGCAUAGAGCUAAUCCCACCACUGGCUGUACUAUUUAAAGCAUUACAAGAACCAGACGUAUACGAACGUUACGGAACAGCUAUAGAAUUAUUACAUUGGGUUCUAAUACGUCUGAGAGAUCCUUACAUAAAGAGCAUCAACAAGGAUUGUUACGACUCGAUAUUGAGAAGGGCACCUUCGGAUAUAUCUGUAGUUGCACCAAAUUUAAUAUUUCAAGUUGCAAACGCUAAGCAAUCCACUUCGGAAGACAAAUGGAAAAAGAUUGCUCAAGGCCAUACAACCUUUUACGCUUAUCACGGCAGUCGUUUAGAGAAUUUUCAUUCCAUUAUACACUACGGUCUACAACAGAGUAUGUGCAAGAAAUCUUUGUUUGGUAAAGGAAUAUAUCUUUCGAGCGAAUUAAGUGUAAGUUUGCCAUACAGUCCUGUGGGGUAUGGAUGGGGAGGCAGUAUACUUGGAAGCGAAAUGAGCUGCAUAGCUUUGUGCGAACUUAUUAAUCACGUUGAUGUAAAAACUGGGGACUCCGACAAUAACGCUCGCAAUGUAGCCGCAGACUCCGUAGGCGGAAAAGUUCCAAAUAAAUAUUAUGUAGUGACGAAUAGUGAAUUGAUAAGAGUACGAUACCUUCUUGUUUACAGUCAAGAAGUUCAAGCAACAAGGUACACCGAUAAUAGAGGAUUGUUAGCGUGGUUUAAACAACAUAAAUUAUUAACAUUCGUACUCGGUUAUGUGGUAUUACUAGCUUCAGUUGGUAUAACGCAUAACAAGCAAGUGGAAAAAUAUUACAAAUUAUUUGCUCAAAAAGUUGGGCUGGAGUGAAAUGUUUUU